AUGAUUAAUAAUAUUUAUAUGUUAGCAAAGGAUUUCCCUAGUUUGAGGUCUAUUAUGGAAAAUGCAAUUUCCAGUGAUUAUGUGAGUCUGACUGGUAAUUGUAGUUCAUUUGGAAAAGACAUAUUUCCAACUUCUGUUUCCUAUGUUGAGAACAUAUGCAAACAAGUCGAAGCUUAUACAGGAACUAUAGAACAGCAUCACUGGAAUAUGCUUUUUAACUCCAAAUCAAGUUGCAUAUAUUUGUAUUAUUGGCUAUAUUAUUAUAAUAAUAAGGAAUUCGUGAGUCAUGUUGAAAAUCUUUAUAAAAAAUUGAUCGAAACUUUGGAUUCAACCUAUAGUGCCAUAUGCUCAGAAUGUGUUUACACAACUAUUACAGAUGAUGAAAUGUCGAAUCUAAGAGAUCUGCAUGACAUGUACUCUUUGCUUAAUAAUACAAAUGGUGAAAAGAGUACAUGUGGGGAUAAUUGCGGUUGCGCCCAAGUGUGUAGUCAAAUAUAUAAGAAACACAUGGAAACAUGUAUAUACAAUAAUGACACAUAUUUUUGUAAAGAAUUAUUAAAUAUUAAAAAAAAAUAUGAUGAAAAAAUGAAAGGCGAAAAAUGUGGAACUGGAAUCCCCAAAACUCUACCUUCCUUUCAAAGAUAUAAUAUAACUACCAUUACAUUAAUUCCAAUAUUUGUAAUUUUAGCAAUUUCUUCUUUUUUAUAUAUCUUGUAUAAGGUUAAUAUUUAUGAUAUAUGUUUCAUGCCAUAUAGUUCAAGAUUUCGAUGUGUACCUAUGAAGAAAAGAAAAAAAUAUAAUAAUAUAGUUAAAGAAAAGGACAUGUUGGAAUUAUCUGAAACAUCCAGUUGUUAUUUAACAAACAAUAGAUAUAAUAUAUUAUAUAAUUCAAAAUAG